UGUUCGGAAAAUUGCAACAUCUAGCUAUUCUUGCUACUAGAAACUAGUGGAUUGAUAUAGGCAGUAAUUUUUCUUAUUUUAUAAAGUUUUAUUUAGCCCAAAGAAUGAAUUUGCUAAUGAGAUGUCUCUCAUCUUUUGCAUGCUUAUUGCUUUUUACUCAAUUUGUCGAUUUGAAUCAGAUCAACAACAGAUCAUUAUAUUCCUUUUCUAAUCACCUUGUCCGAAACAUCCGAAGCUUAGUUCCACUUGAUUGUCAGCUUGGUCAGUGGGUUGCAUGGACUGAAUGUUCUCCUUGUGAAGCAAAAAAGUCCAGAUUUAGGCAUCUGCAGAGGCCAGCCAUAUUUGGUGGUAGCCAGUGCAUUGGAUCUCUUUGGGAAGAGGUUACCUGCCAGACAUCGAAGCAAUGUGUAUCAACUAAUACCUGUGGUGAUCAGUUUCAAUGCAGUUUAGGUCGUUGUAUUAGAAGACGUUUACAAUGCAAUGGUGAGAGUGAUUGUGAAGAUGCUUCCGAUGAAGAAGUCUGUGAGCCUGCUGAUCCCAAUGAAAUACAAACUUUCUGCAGUGAGUUGUUUCCAGUACCUGGCUUACAAGUAGUUAUGAAUGGCUAUAACAUCUUAACAAAUGAAAUUGGAAGCCCGGUUUUAGACUCUGGAUACAAUGGAUAUUGCGAGUAUGUGUACAAUGGGGAUUGGAGGGACCUGCGAUACGAUAGUGAAUGUGAACGUCUCUACUAUAAUGAUGAUGAGAAAUACUUCCGCAUACCAUACAACGUAUUCCUAUAUAGAAUUGAGGCACUUGCUGACUCUGGAUUUACAGUGGAAGUUUACAGUGAUGUUCAAAGUUUAUUGACAGCAAUGAGGAGCGAGACAUCAUUCGAAUUGGGAUUCAGAUUGCAAAUUUCUUUUGUGAAAGGUUCUGUUGGGCUUAGUGGCUACCUCAAUUUAGUUAAAAAUCUGACCACUUUAGUUGGGAGGGAUGUGAAACUUGUUCGUGUUCGAACUAAAGUUCAAACUGCACACUUCAAAAUGAGGAGAUACAAUUUGAUUUUGAAUGAAGAAAUGGUUCAGUCCCUGAUGAAACUUCCAGAUGAAUACAAUUAUGGGAUGUAUUCUAAAUUCAUUGCUGAUUAUGGUACCCAUUAUUACACUUCAGGAGCCAUGGGAGGUGUUUUUGAGUACAUCCUUGUCCUGAAUCAAAAUACUUUGCAACGAGCAGGUGUUUCUGCAGUAGAAGUUGGACUCUGUCUUUCAGGAUCACUCGGAAUAGUGAUGGACAUUUUAUCUGUUAAGUCCGAAACUUGUGCGAAGAUAAGUAGUUUUAAAGCAUCUUCCGGCAAUUCAAGAACAUUGAUAGAAGAUAUUAUUUCACGUGUACAAGGAGGAGACCCUAAAUCAAUUGCGGGACUGUCAAAUCGAGAAAUACCAGAUGCCAAAAUGUAUCGACACUGGGGUAAAUCCUUGAAAUAUAUCCCAGCAAUAAUUGAUUUUCAGGUCAUGCCCAUUUAUGAGUUGGUGGCCAGAAGUAAUCUUCAGUCUGUUAACAGUAAGCAACAGCAUUUGAAGAGAGCAAUGGAAGAGUACUUCUCUGAAUUUCACCCCUGCAGAUGCCAUCCAUGUUAUAAUAACGGAAGUCCAUUUCUUUUAAACAAUAAGUGCAUCUGUGUGUGUGCACCUGGAUUUGAAGGAACAGCAUGUCAAGAAACAAAUCGAAAGGGGCCCACAAAUGGAGGUUGGAACUGUUGGUCACAGUGGUCUCCAUGCAGAAGUGGAACAAGAAAACGGACACGGAGCUGCAACCAUCCACCCCCAAAAGAUGGUGGUGCCAUGUGUCUUGGGAAGAACACACAGACCCAACACUGUUAAAAUGCCCCCAGUUUUUGGCUGUCUACAUUAUUUGUUUUCAAACUCUGAUUUAAUUGGGUUCUAUUUUGAAGUUCUCUGUCCCUUUUUCAAUGCAAGGAGUAUCAGACUUCGUCCAAUAAAUAGAAUCAUUUAAGUUGACAGAAGAACAGUACAGGAAUUUAUAUUCAUUGAAAUUUACACAUAAAAUGAUUUGUGGAAAUUAAUGGCAUCUUAAUAUGCCUCUCCAAAGGAAUCAUAUCAAUCCUUUGGCAAUAUUUGCCAGCUGAUUCAUCAAUAUAUUCAACUCACCAUUUUGAUGCCCAUUGGACCUCUUAAUGUCAGAUCUAUUAUCUUCAGAUCGUAAAUAGAUAUUGGGAAAAAUGAAGCAUCAAUUAAAAAUCUGUAACAGUUAUUUUCAGUCAAAA